AUGGUUAACAAAGGUCAGGGUGACUUUAGGUCAGAGAUAUCAGCAGUUGAUUUGACAGCAAGUCAACCAACACUUGAUCACUACGAUUCAGGAUCACAAAGCAGCGGAAAGGACACCGUUGAUGCUACAAUGUCCUCUUCGUGGUUAGCAAAAUUAAAAGAUGAUUCUGGAGAGGACGAACAUGGAAAUUUGCACUCUUCUAAAGACCUUUCUCUCUUUCCUAACCCACCUUAUCCCCAAUGUUCUUCAGCACCAACGCUAACUGCCAGUAACGCAUCGUCUUACACACAGUCAUCAAGGAACAGUGUGGUAAAUUCAAUGCUAUCGGGCAGAAAAGAUAAGCGCCGUCCUGGUGGCUUACUGCCUCUUCCCAGCCAGGCUCUAAAUCGACUCACAGAACUCGAGUACUCCCCAAAACGCCUCUCUGAACUCCCUUCGUCUACUGGAUGCCCAUCUAAGAACUGGAAGAUAACUCACUCCGAUCGCUUGAAUGCACUGAUAGAUGAAUGCGAGAGGAUAGUGGAUGGUCGUAAAGUGUUUAAAUGUAAAUUUUGCGGCAAGAUGUAUGACAUUAAAAGCAGCAUGAGAUAUCAUAUGAAAAUUAUCCAUCUGCAGUUGCAUUUGCGCACAUCUGAAAUGCAGUGCCGUAUCUGUGGAAAGCAGUUUACAUGCAUUAGCGCUGUGAAUCGACAUCAACUUAAAUGUUCCGCUAAUUCUUCAUCCACAUUCACAUCCACUAACCCGAUUCAAUCCUCCUGUAGUUCCUCUUUCCUUGGAAAGCCGCGACAGACAUCUAUACCGGCAUUUACGAAUCAGUCACCUUCGGCAUUCAUGCAUCUGAAUUCAGCUCCAGGUUUGCGUUGGAGUGGCACGUCCGGUGGUGGAAGGCAUUCGAAUCAGUCAAUUAGUAAUCAGCUUCCAUUUACUUUCACGUCAGCUUCUGAUACGGGUGCCUACAUGUCUACUUCCGUGUCCACCGCAUUUCCUUCACAACCAGGUCGCUCAGGAUUUGAGUUAGAUGGAGGACGAUUCACUAGUGGUUCAUCCGAAAUCUCUCCUCACCAAUUGGCAAAUGCAUCAUUGGCACAUUCUGUGCACCACCUAGUGGAAGGAAUCCCACCCCUCUCAUUUAACGAGGUCUUUUUAGCUAGCCUCGGUCGUUCCAAUGGAAGCACUGCAGGCGAGAGAAAGGCCCCAGUCUUUGAAGAUCUUUCAGCUUCAAAUUAUAUGGGCAUUGCAGCAGCUGCAGCCCAUAAUUUCCUCACGCCGUCACCUUCCAAACGUAUCCGCAAGUUAGAGGGUUCGUCAAAUUUUAUUGAAGGUAGAAUAGGAGAUAAUAUGUAUGAGCGACUCUUCCCUUCCCAGAACGAGGUUGCGAUAACAGCUGGUACUCCUAAUACAGCCUCUAGUGCUGCAAUUGACCUGUCCUUGAAUGCCUCCUGCUGA